CUCACAAAAGCGGAUGUACAAUUUGUGUCCUGUUGCUCCAUUUCCGCACGGUGCCAGAGGACCAGUUAGAUAGCCUAGGCUAAAACGAUAGUAGCGUCACACGUGAGGUUACCUCUGUUGUAAUGGUGCAUUGAUGGUGGCUUUUAUUGAUAGCAGUUUACCAUAGUGUCACGGUACCUAGAGAUACAGAUAGAUGAGGUUAUCUUGAUCAGCAGCCAUUAUGGAGCCUGUUGUUAUUAAACACAAACGGACAACUCUGGAAAGAGCAGAGAAGUUCAUAUCAGAACAUCACUUCACUGACAUCAAUCUCAGAAGCAGAUUGUAUCCCAAGAAAGCGAGUUUGGCAUCAAUUUCACACUUUGAGGCUCCAGGCAGAAUCCCAGUAGAGGAAGCUUUAGCAGGAACUUAUACAGAAACAAAGAUCGGACAGUCAUUUGGACCAACCUGGUCAACACAUUGGUUCUGUUUGAACAUCGUAGUGCCUGAGGACUGGGUGGGACAAGAAGUGUGUCUGCUGUGGAAUUCUAACUCAGAGGCGCUCGUGUGGAAGGACAGCUCACCUGUUCAGGGUUUGAGUGGGGAACACAAGAGACAUUCAUUUCCCUUGGCUAAUGGUCCAAUAUGGAAGAACCAAUGCAGACAGAAGAUCCACAUAGAGAUGGCCUGCAAUGGUCUAUUUGGAGCAGGAAACAACGGCAUGAUAGAACAUCCAGACUCGAAUCGGUUCUUCACCCUGGCUCAGGCAGAAAUUGCCAUAUUUGACCGUAGAAUUUACAACCUUAUCUUAGAUGUGGAGAUGUUACAUGAUAUGGCUAAGCAUUUACCAGAAAACACAGAGCGAGGUUAUCAAGCUUUGUAUACUGUGAACAAGCUCAUCAAUACCUGUAAUGUGGAGGAUCCCUCUACCUACCACAGAGCUCAUGCAAUAGCAGAAGAGUUUUUUAAACAAGGAAAUGGAGCUAGUCAGCACACACUCCAUGCUAUGGGACAUGCUCACAUAGACACAGCGUGGCUGUGGCCCUAUGAUGAGACGAUACGGAAGUGUGCGAGGAGCUGGUCAUGUACAUUACAGCUGAUGGAACAGUACCCAGACUUCACAUUCACGUGUUCACAGGCACAACAGUUUGAGUGGGUGAAGCAGCACUACCCAGUCAUGUAUGACAAAAUCAAGUCCUUUGUACAGAGGGGUCGGUUUAUACCGGUUGGUGGUACGUGGGUAGAAAUGGAUGGAAACAUUCCUAGUGGAGAAUCCUUUAUCAGACAGUUCUUGUAUGGACAGUUAUUCUUUCAAAAAGAAUUUGGCAAAACAUGUUCAGAGUUCUGGCUGCCAGACACGUUCGGAUACUCCGCUCAACUUCCUCAGAUCAUGAACAUCUGUAAUAUCAAACGCUUCCUGACUCAGAAACUCAGUUGGAGCCUUGUCAAUAAGUUCCCUCACCACACAUUUUGGUGGCAGGGCAUCGACGGCAGCAAAGUCCUCUCCCAUUUCCCUCCUGGUGACUCGUACGAGAUGAAAGGCCAUGUCAAAGAGGUACUGUUCAGUUUGUCUAACUACCAAGACAAGGGGCGGUCUGGUCACAGUAUGUACCUGUUUGGUUAUGGUGACGGCGGCAACGGUCCUUCGGAGGACAUGCUCCAGCGACUACAUAGGAUAGAGGAUACAGACGGUCUGCCAAGAGUCAAGAUGAGCACACCUGAUGAAUAUUUCUCCACUGUUGAGAAGAAUGAUGGUGACAAAUUAUGUAAAUGGACAGGAGAGCUAUACCUAGAGCUUCACAAUGGCACAUAUACCACCCAAGCCAAGAUAAAAGAACUCAAUCGUAGAUGUGAGAUUUUGCUCCAUGAUGUUGAGUUAUUGAACAGCCUGGCGCUGGCCGCAGAUGAUUACGACUAUCCAGCAGACGAACUCCUCAGACUCUGGAAACUGUUACUGCUGAACCAAUUCCAUGAUGUACUUCCUGGGUCAUCUAUAGAACUGGUAUACAAGGAUGCAAAUAAUCACUACAUAGAUAUACUGAAGUCUGGAAAUGCAUUAUGGAACCGUGCCUUUUCCCAUCUAACUGUUGGUCAGUCUGACCUCUGUCCACUAGUGGUCAACACCCUUAGCUGGGAGCGGUCAGAUGUAAUCAUUGUGCCUGUAGAUGAAAGCGAGGAAAUCUCAGAAAGUUCAUCCAAAAGAUUAAAGCUAGAUCAGGAUUUACUGCAAUUGGAUGUCUACAGUAACAAUCUUGCCAUUGUGUUGGUUCCAAGCUGUGGUUAUACAAGUCUUCUACCCCAGGAAUGUCAGUUCCCCGUCACAGUGGUGAAACAGGGAGAUGUCUAUGAGCUGGAGAACCAAUACCUGACUGCUGUUAUAAACUCAUCUGGUCAUCUACUUGAGCUAAGUGUGCCAGGGACAAGUAGAAAUGCUAUCAGUACAAGUCACCAUGGUAACCAGUUUGUGAUGUAUGACGACGUGCCCCUAUUUUGGGAUGCCUGGGAUGUGAUGGACUAUCACUUAGAGACUAGAAAACCAGUAACAGAAGUAAUCGAGAGUGUGAAGAUCAAUGACCUUGGGCCUAUCAGAGUAUCACUAGAGUUUUCUUUGAAGAUCAGUGAUAAAAGCUAUCUCAGACAAAUCAUCGUCCUGGAUGCCAUAACUCCCUACCUCAGAUGUGAAACUCAAGUUAUGUGGCAUGAAAACAGAAAGUUCCUCAAGGUCGAGUUUCCCACCUCAAUCACUGCCAAUGCAGCCUCAUAUGACAUUCAGUUUGGUCACAUUCAGCGACCUAACCACUUCAACACUUCCUGGGAUUGGGCCCAGUUUGAGGUGUGUGGACAUAAAUGGGCAGAUAUUUCCGAGUAUGGAUUUGGCCUGGCCAUACUCAACGACAGUAAAUAUGGCUACUCCUGUCUAGACAAUGUACUCCGACUGUCACUACUUCGCUCUCCCAAAGCACCUGAUAUGAAAGCUGAUAUGGGAACACAUAAGUUCACCUACGCAAUUAUGCCCCAUACUGGAACAUUCCAAGAGGCUGGCGUGAUACAGCAGGCCUAUAACCUCAACUGCCCUCUGUAUGUACAGCAGAGAGAUAACACAGGGGAGACAACUCCGGGGAAUAAUAUACCUCCGGACCCCACAAGUUUCUUCAAAUUGGACACCCCACAGGUCAUCCUGGAAACUGUGAAAAGGUGCGAGAAGAAGAUGAAUAGCCUUGUAUUGCGUCUGUAUGAAGCAUUUGGAGGAGAGACACGGGCCUGUCUUACUUCAUCAGUUCCAUUCACCAAUAUAUACAGAUGCAAUGGUUUAGAGGAUUCAAUACCAAAUGACGAAACCACCAGUGAAGACCUUGAUGUGGGAAAUAACGAAAUUACAUUCACCAUCAAACCAUUUCAGGUUCUCUCUUUUAUCAUUGACCUUCAGUAGAGGUCGCCAGAUCUGGAGGGUCAUGUGACAAUUAAUCUGCUACUUUCUGGGAAUUUUUCUGUCUUCAUUUCAUAAAACGUGGUUUGUACAGAAGAUGAAGAGUGCUGGAAAAGUGCUGGUAUUUCGGGUCAGAGCUGAAAAAUUGCUGAAAUUUGGGGCUGGAAAAGUGCUGGUAUUUGGGGUCACUGCUGUAAAAGUGCUUGAAUGUCGGGUUAAGUAGUGAAAAAGUGCUGGAAUUUUGGAUCAGUGCUGUAAAAGUAUUUGAAUUUGGGGGUCUGUGGUGGAAAAGUGCUGGAAUUUGGGGUCAGAGUUGGAAAUUUGCUGAAAUGUUUGGUCAGAGCUAAAAAUUGCUGAAAUUUGGGUUCAGCUGGAAAAGUGCUAGAAUUUAGUAAAAGUGCUGGAAUAUGGAGGUUCAGUACUGUAAAUGUGCUGGAAUUUACUCACAAGUUCUCCAAAAGUACUAGAAUUCAUACUAACUGCAAAGAUGCAAUUAUUUUCAGAUUUCUUAAAAAUGAAAGAUUAAUCACAGGAAAAUCAAGUGUUAAUAGAAAUACACAGAUAAGUCUGUCUUUUAUUUGAUUAAGGCAAACAAAUAGGACUUUCACAUCCGAUUCUGGAACACAAGUCAACAUUUAGUAAAGAUAUUGAGUAAUACAACGGUUAUAGAAAAAAACUUUUUGUUUUUUCUUCAUUAAGUUAAAAGAUGAAAAAUGACCCCUGUUCCCUCCAAGCUUGGACACUUGGAAAAUUUUGAACAGUGAACUGUUUAAAAGUGUUUCAGUGCAGAACAAUUAUGCUUGUGGAUCUUGAUAUGAAAUGACUUGUGGAUGACAAUCAGUUUUGUUUGAAUAAGUAUUAUGAAUUUUAUGAAUGGACUUCAUUAGGCUUUUGGACUUACAUAUUGAUGACGUAUGACUCAAUGACUUGGUUUAAAUGUCUUCAGAGAUUGUUAAUGUGACUUGGGCCACAAUCGUUUACUAUUAAAUGUUAAAAAGUGACUACAAAGUCAAAGGCUAGUAUCAACAAAUUGUCAUACAGCAUAGUAGGUCAGAGUAUUAUAUUUGAUCACAUUAAGACCUGCUACCUUAAAUAAGUCACAAGAAUGUUUUAAAUAUACAUGAUGCAUAUAAUUCUAAAGCAAUACAGUCACAAACGAUUAUGUUUUAUUGUCAAUAAGAACCAUUUUCCUGUGAUCAAUUGGUGAUGUUGUUCAUAUUUGAACAGGUAUUUAAAAAUGAGAUUAACAAUUAAUCGCUGUAAAUUAAUUAUCAUUAAAUUACGUUACCCCUUGUAAGGCAAUCACUGUUUUGAACAAUAGCCAUAUACAAUAGAUAUAGUUUGAUGUGAUUAUAUAUUUACAUGGUUAUAUAGGUGUAUAAUUUUU